UCAAACAUGUUUGUUGUGUUUGUUUAUUAGCAACCGUUUUAAUUGAUCACCGGGUAGUUUUUGAUUUGAAUAAUUGUUCUCUGUGUACUUUGUUUAUUACUUCAAAAGUCUAAAACAUAUCUUCGAACCAUGGCUCGAAAUUCUGAAAAGGCGAUGACAACCCUUGCUCGAUGGAGGCAAGCCCAAUUAGAAACUGAUAAAGGGAAACGUCGAAGACCUUAUCUAGCGUCUGAAUGUAAUGAUCUUAAAGAAGCUGAACGAUGGAGAUUGGAAAUUAUUCGAGAAAUCAGUAAGAAAGUUACUCAAAUUCAAAAUGCCGGAUUAGGAGAGUACAGAAUACGUGAUUUGAAUGACCAAAUCAAUAAGCUUCUGCGAGAGAAAAGACAUUGGGAAUAUCGAUGUGCUGAACUUGGAGGGGUUAACUAUCGUCGUACUCCUGGUCCUAAAUUUGAUUUUUCUGGUAGAGAAGUGCCGGGGACACGAGGGUAUCGGUAUUUUGGCGCAGCAAAAGAUUUACCAGGUGUCAGAGAGCUCUUUGCAACUGAGCCUCCACCUUUAAUUCGUAAAACUAGAGCUGAAUUGAUGAAAGAGGUAGAUGCUGAUUAUUAUGGUUAUAGAGAUGAAGAUGAUGGAGUAAUUGUUCCAUUGGAAACUGAGACUCAAAAAGAAACAAUCGUUAAGGCUGUUGCUGAACUCUCGGAAUCUGAAACUCAUAUUGAAGUUGAUCUAAAUACAUUAGAUAUUGAAGAUGAAAAGAUAGACGAUGAUGAUGAAGGUGCUGAUUUCCGUGGACCAAAGAGUUUUAUUUCACAUGUUCCUCACAUACCAAGUUUAGAAGAAAUUAAACAAGUCCUUCUGGAGAAAAAGAAAGCUGAACUUUUGCAAAAAAUAUUAAGUGGAAAAGUUGAUGACGAUGACGACGAUGAUGAUGAAGAAGAAGCCGAUGAAACAAUAAAAAAGACUAGCAAAUAAUUUAAAUUUUAAACUUUACUGUGAAAUCUCGCUCUUAUAAUUUUGAUUACGAGAAAUUGUCAAAAUGAGUAUUUAACUGUUAAAAUUGGAACCAGAUCGCUUCAAUCCAACUUUACAAAUAGAUUCUCUAUCGAGUCCCAGCCGACAGAUUCUGAACUGAAUGUGUUGACAAUUUAAUUCUACAUAAUUGGACUUUAAUUGUCCCAUCUUGAUAAACUAUAUAAAUUAUUUUUAUAUUUUUUGUUGAUUAAACUUAAUUCAUUGAUAUCUUGACUAAUUAAA